UUCUGAGGUCACUUAAGGUACCUAAUCUUAUAAAAUGCAUCUAAAAAGAGUAAAUGGUAUGAAGAAUUAGAAGUCACGUAAUGCAAACCUCAUUCUUUUUCAAUGAGACUUAUUCCUCACGCUAAUUAAUGAAUAAACGGGUACAUCAUCAGUAUAAUUGAUAUUGUACCUCUUCACACAAUGUGUGGCAGUUGUCUUAUUUGAAUUACUUGGUCGAGCACUUGGGAUAUAAAAAUCAAUUCAUAUAAUGGCGACCAUCCAACGCCGCUUUUUUCACCAAACCCUCCGCUAUCUCAGCCAUGAGAAUCCCCUCGGUCUACCCCGAACGGGUUCAAUCCCUCGCAUGCAGCGCGGGCUCCCAGAGCGGCGCAAUAUCAAGGAUGUCGCAAAAGUGGUCGCUGUAUCAUCUGCUAAGGGUGGUGUAGGCAAGAGCACCGUCGCCGCGAAUUUGUCUCUAGCUUUCGCAAGGAUGGGUUACCGCUCCGGGAUCCUUGACACCGAUAUCUUCGGGCCCUCUAUACCUACGCUCUUCGACCUGAGCGGGGAGCCACGGUUAUCAUCUAAUAACCAAUUAUUACCCAUGUCUAAUUACGGUGUCAAGACUAUGUCUAUGGGCUAUCUAGUUGGUGAGGAUGCGCCUGUCGUGUGGCGCGGCCUUAUGGUAAUGAAGGCCCUACAACAACUCCUUCACGAGGUUGACUGGGGUGGUCUGGACGUCCUAGUACUCGAUCUACCACCCGGCACGGGAGAUACGCAACUCAGUAUUACACAGCAAAUCAUACUUGACGGCUCUAUCAUUGUAACCACGCCACAUACUCUAGCAGUCAAGGACGCGGUAAAGGGGAUCAACAUGUUUAAAAAGGUGAAUGUGCCCUUGCUCGGCUUGGUACAAAACAUGUCACUAUUUAAUUGCCCACACUGCCACCACGAUACGGCAAUCUUCGGAUCUAGCGAACGUGUUAAGGAAGUUUGCACAGAAUAUUCCAUCGAUCUACUCGGCGAUAUUCCAUUGCAUCAGAAUGUUGGAGAUGACGGCCAGAAGGGGAAGCCAACCGUGGUCUCGGAACCUGACAGUGAGAGAGCACAGGCCUUCAUGGAUAUUGCUAGGCUAGUAGGGUCGAAGGUGGGCUUAUAACACUGAAUU